AUAUUAAGAUGACCGAGUUAAUCUUCCGAGGCUGAAGUACGUGCGGAGACGAGAAACGCCAAUGCGCGCGACUACAACAGGUAAGCCUAUGCUCUUCUCAUUGGCGAGGUAUAUUGAGAUCUCCGAAACGGUCCUACUUAUGUCAGGUGUCUCUGGUGGCAAGGCUGGCCAUGAGGUGGUUUAUACUAGAGUUGACAGGAUGAUCUGUCGGAAUCUAGGGACGGAUCGCGCUUGACGAAGCACACGUUAUAUGAAGGUCCACUAUGAGUAACCACCACCGUUUAAAGUCGAGUAACGGUGUUGUGAGCAGUUGAAGCACUGCAAUUUUGGGACUACAAAAGGUUUGGUGCUCCACACGAAGAGAUGUAUUUCAGAACAGCAAGAAACAUCUCGAGCAAACGUUCAACCGCCAAUCGCACACCAUGAAGGCCGUUUCAUUCAUCCUCGGCGCACUCGCCUCCGUUGCCUUCGCACAACAGCACACGCUCUGCAAGGAUUACGAAUAUUUCUCCAGCAACGGUUACGAGCUCAACAACAACAUCUGGGGUCGCAGCGCUGCGACCUCAGGUUCGCAGUGUACCUACGUCGACAGCGUGUCCAGCACAGGCGCGAAAUGGCACACGUACUGGCAGUGGACGGGCGGAAAGGACAACGUCAAAUCCUACGUCUACUCUGGACGUCAGAUCACCAAGAAGCCUGUUAGCCAGUACAGCAACUUGGAGACGGAGGCGUACUGGGUUUAUGACACCAACAACAUCCGCUGCAACGUUGCAUACGAUUUGUUCACUGCUGCGAACAUCAACCACGACACCAGCAGUGGUGACUACGAGCUCAUGGUCUGGCUCGCCAGAUACGACGUCUAUCCCAUUGGCACUUCGCAGGGUAUGGUGACAGUUGCUGGUCGCACUUGGGAGCUUUUCUACGGCCCUAACGGUUCCAUGAAAGUCUACAGCUUCGUACCUUCUAGCCCUAUCAACAACUUCAAGGCAAACCUCAAGGACUUCUUCACCUACCUCCAGAACAACAAAGACUUUCCCGCGUCGAGCCAAAAUCUCAUCACUUACCAAUUCGGUACUGAGGCUUUCACCGGUGGACCUGCAACGUUCACUGUGAACCAGUGGUCUGCUAACGCUUGGUAAAUGUUGAAUGUAUUGACAUAACCAACGGUAAGCUGUUCACGACAACGACGAUAGCUUUGGGGCGAGAGACAGUCAGCAGUCUCGAUGUGUGAGGCACUGGCACCUCUUUGAAAGUCCAGUUCUUUCUGUACAUACUUAGGUGCAUUGAUUUUCAAAACGUAUAUAUUCUCAACAAACAUUCCAACAUCGAAGACGAGAUUGUGAAGAGCGAAAGCCCUAGAUCAUAUAAGGAUGAGCUGCUACUUGCACUUACA